AUGGCCCGAGUUGCAACAAGAACGUUGCGAAUCGUUGGAGCUGGUGCCAUUGUCACUACUUGCUGUUUGGGUUUCGUGCCGCCUACCACAAAACCAGCUCAGGCCGUGCCGCGGGCAAAGUUCCAAGCCAAGUGGCAGAAUGACGUUGGUGGUGGACAUUCGGAACCGGAAGCAAACAGCAAUGCGGCAUCCAGUUGGACCACAUUUCUCAAGAUGUCGGCCGCCGCUUGCUUGGCUCUUGUGAUCACGCUCCUGCCAUUGGACAGUGCAGAGGCUGCAAGAUCUGGUGGGCGCAUGGGCGGCAGGAUGUCAGGCAUGCGGUCGGCACCAAGGAUGUCCGUGCCCCGCAGUAGCGGCAGUGCCCGGUUGAGGAGUGGACCAAACAUUUCCAUCGGCAUCGGCAGCCCUGUGAUCUCGCCCUUCGGCUUCGGCGGCUUUGGCUACAGUCCAUUUGGCUUUGGCUUCGGUGGAGGACUCCCACUUCCGGUGCCGGUGCCAAGUGGGCCGUCCAACACCGACCAGAUGCUUCAGAACCAGCAGGUGCAGGAUGAGCGCAAGAUCGACGAACAGAAUCGGGAGAUCGCAGAGCUGAAGAAGCAGAUCGCCGAGUUGAAAGGGCAGCCAGCUCAGAGCCAGCUGCAGGAUGCACGCACGCUGAGCGAGCAGAAGGACGAGAUCACCGACUUAAAGAAGCAAAUCAUGGCUCUCAUGGGCCAGAAAUCCUAG